AUCUCCAUCAGCCAGCAUCUUUCGUUCUUAGCAUUGCGGUGCUGUCACGGCUCUUCUAUAUCCCUGAAACAAAGCUUCAUUUCUAGCACACACGUAUCAUCACAUUAUGUUAUUAUUCGCACACACACCGCCCAAAAGUAACAGUACUUAAGAUCUGGGAAGCCAAGAAAAAAACAGCACCAACAACAGUUUCUCUGUUUUUUGUUGUUUUCCUGUAGCGCGCUUAGUAAGACGAAGUGGGAAGGAAUGGGAGACGCAAAUGCAGUGAAAGGGGAACGUUCGGGCGGUGAGAAGAGGAAGAAGAUGUUUGAGGAAGAAGAAAAUGAAGACAAGUUGUUGGCAGGGGUAGGAUACAAAGUGUGUUCCUCGGACAUGGUUGACGUGGCACACAAGCUCGACCAAUUGGAGAUGGUAAUGGAGGAAGAUGGAAUUCCCAAUCUCGCCUCCGACACUGUGCAUUACGACCCAACCGAUCUCUACGGUUGGGUCCAGAACAUUCUCAACAACGCGCCCAAUCAUACCCCCACCACCGCCAGUAACAACGCUGCCAUUCCAUCGCCGUUAAUCACUGUCCCCGAGAACGAUCGAACAGCGAUUCAAUUGCCAUACAUCGAAGCGUAUCCACAAACAGAAAAUCAGAAUUGCCACAAGCGAUUCAAGAGUUCUCCGUCUCCGUCUCCGUUGUGGCCCGCGAUUUCAUCGGACAACGUGCUUCCGGUGGUUCUUGUGGAGGAAGCCGGCGUGCAUCUCGUCCAUGCACUCAUGGCCUGCGCGGAGGCCAUUCAAUUAGGAAACGCGAGCCUCGCGUCAGACCUCGUGAAGCAUGCAGGAAACCUCGCUGCGUCACAAGGAGGUUCAAUGGGGAAGGUUGCAUCGUUCUUCGCUCAAGCUCUCGCUCGAAGAAUCUAUGGAUUCUACCCUCACGAGACUCUAGACACUUCCUACUCCGACUUGCUUCACACACAUUUCUACGAAUCGAGCCCGUACCUGAAAUUCGCGCACUUCACGGCGAACCACGCCAUCCUCGAAGCAUUAGCCACCGCGGACACGGUGCAUGUUAUCGAUUUUGGCCUGAAGCAGGGGUUGCAGUGGCCUGCGUUCAUGCAAGCACUCGCGGUCCGUCCGGGAGGUCCGCCAGCGUUCCGCCUCAGCGGGAUCGGACCGCCGCGGCUCGACGACCCCGAUUCGGACUCGCUGAGUCAGGUCGGUUUGAGACUGGCGGAACUCGCUCGAAGAAUUAGGAUUCCAUUCGAGUUCCGCGGAUUCGUGUGUAACAGUUUAGCGGACCUAGAUCCGUCCGUGCUCGAGAUCCGAGCCGGAGAAUUCGUGGCGGUUAACUCCAUCUUCGAGCUUCACCGCUUGCUGGCGCGGCCUGUUGACAUUGAAAAGGUGUUAGCCACGGUUAAGACGAUUAAACCAGAGAUAUUUACAGUGGUGGAGCAAGAAGCGAAUCACAACGGUCCGGUUUUUCUAGAGCGGUUCACGGAAGCAUUGUACUAUUACUCGAGUUUGUUUGACUCGAUGGAGGGAUCGAUGGCGGCGCCGAGUGAACAGGCGCUGGUGAUGGCGGAGAUGUACUUAGGGAGGCAGAUAUGUAACGUGGUGGCGUGUGAGGGGGAUGAACGCGUGGAGAGGCACGAAACGCUGGGUCAGUGGAGAGAACGGUUCGGUUUGGGCGGGUUCGAACCGGUUCGCAUGGGUUCGAACGCGUUCAGACAAGCGAGGAUGUUACUGGGCCUAUACGAUGAGGGGGGAGAAGGGUACAGAGUGGAAGAAAACAAUGGGUGCCUCUUGCUUGGGUGGCACACGAGGCUAGUCGUUGCCUCGUCCGCGUGGAGAGUCGCGCCCAAUGGUUUGCACCCAGUUAGAGAUCAGAGUGAGAUGAACCAAGAUUCCCGAUACUGUUAAGUCAAAGUAGAGUUACUGUUACUGAAUCGUAAGUGAGUUCCAGAGACACAGAAAGGGUAAAUAGAAAGGUAAAAAACCAACUAAAAGAUCUUAAUUAUAAUUAUUCUGCCAUAGGUUACCCUUCGUAGUAUUUUUUUUUUUUUUUUUGGUUUAGCUCUUAAGUUAAUGAAAGACUUAGUCGGAUUUCCUUUUCAUUUUCCAACGGGAGACUAUAGUUUUAUCAUAUAAUAAAUAUCUCUUUCAUGACUUUAA